AUGUCGGGACCGCGCGCAGUCGUACCGUCCCUCGAGACGGUCAGGUCCAUCCUCGCCUCCCCGGCCACGACCAACGCCGCAAAGAAGCCCACACUCGUCCCCGUCUACCGCCAAAUCUCCUCCGACCUCAUCACCCCGUCCGCCGCCUACCUGAAGGUCUCGGCCCACCACAAGGACUCGGAUUUCUCCUUCCUCUUCGAGAGCGCCGCCACAGAACAAGUCGGCCGCUACAGCUUCGUCGGCGCCGGACCCCGCAAAGUCCUCGCCACGGGUCCCGGUCAUGGCCCCGAGUGCGACCCCCUGCCGGCCCUCGAGGCCGAGCUGGCACAGCACGUAGUCGCCCACGUUCCGGGCUUGCAGCUCCCGCCCAUGGCCGGCGGCGCCGUAGGCUACGUGGGCUACGACUGCGUGCGCUACUUUGAGCCCAAGACGGCGCGGCCCAUGAAGGACGUCCUGCAGAUCCCCGAGUCCCUGUUUAUGCUCUUUGAUACUAUUGUCGCCUUUGACCGCUUCUACGGCGUCCUCAAGGUCAUCACCUACCUCCACGUCCCAGAGGACGCCUCCCAGCUCGAGGCCGAGUACCAAAAGGCGACGCAGACCAUUGAUGAGCUCAUCGCCGUCCUCAACAGCCCCGACAUCCCCAUCCCGGAACAGCAGCCCAUCAAGCUCGGCCAGGAGUACACCUCCAACGUCGGCCAGCAGGGCUACGAGUCCCACGUCACGGAGCUCAAGAAGCACAUUGUAAAAGGCGACAUCAUCCAGGCCGUCCCCUCGCAGCGCUUCGCCCGCCCGACGACCCUCCACCCCUUCAACAUCUACCGCCACCUCCGGACGGUGAACCCUUCCCCUUACCUGUUCUACGUAAACUGCAAAGACUUCCAAAUCGUCGGCGCCUCCCCCGAACUCCUCGUCAAAUCCGAAGCCGGGCGCGUCAUCACGCACCCGAUCGCGGGCACCGUGAAACGCGGCAAAACGCCCGAGGAGGACCAGCGCCUCGCCGACGAGCUGCGCAGCUCCCUCAAGGACCGCGCCGAGCACGUCAUGCUCGUCGACCUGGCGCGCAACGACGUCAACCGCGUCGGCGACCCGUACACGGUGCGCGUGGACCACCUCAUGGUCGUGGAGAAGUUUAGCCACGUCCAGCACCUCGUCUCGCAGGUCUCGGGCGUGCUGCGGGCGGGGCAGACGCGUUUCGACGCCUUUCGGAGCAUUUUCCCCGCAGGCACGGUGUCGGGCGCGCCGAAGGUCCGCGCCAUGGAGCUGAUUGCCGAGCUCGAGAAGGAGAAGAGGGGGAUUUACGCCGGUGCGGUUGGGUAUUUCGGGUACGGUGGCGUUGAUGAGAAGGGCGAGGAGGUGGAGGGUGCUAUGGAUACGUGUAUUGCGCUGCGGACGAUGCUUGUCAAGGAUGGUGUGGCGUAUCUGCAAGCUGGUGGCGGUAUCGUGUUCGACUCUGACGAAUACGACGAGUGGUUGGAGACGAUGAACAAGCUUGGCGCAAAUAUGCAGUGCAUAACGACGGCAGAGGAGCUUUAUUACGACCAGCAGCAACAAGCGGCGGGCAAGUCGUAA